AUGUCUAAGAUUUCAGUCGCCGGAGUGCGCGAGAAUGUCCAGCAGCUGCUCGACUACUCUCUUAACGAGAAGAAGAGAAACUUCCUCGAGACCGUCGAGCUCCAGAUCGGUCUUAAGAACUAUGACCCCCAGCGUGACAAGCGUUUCUCUGGCACCAUCCGCCUGCCUACCGUUCCUCGUCCCAACAUGAGCAUCUGUAUCCUUGGUGACCAGCACGAUCUUGACCGUGCCAAGCACCACGGCAUUGAUGCCAUGUCUGCUGAUGACCUGAAGAAGCUGAACAAGAACAAGAAGCUCAUCAAGAAGCUUGCUCGCAAGUACGAUGCCUUCCUUGCUUCCGAUGGUCUCAUCAAGCAGAUUCCCCGUCUUCUGGGACCUGGUCUGUCCAAGGCCGGCAAGUUCCCUACCCCCGUCUCCCACAACGAGGAUAUGGCCAACAAGGUCAACGAGGUCAAGUCCACCAUCAAGUUCCAGCUUAAGAAGGUUCUUUGCCUCGGUGUUGCCGUUGGCAACGUCGGCAUGACCCAGGAGGAGCUGGUCGCCAAUAUCAUGCUGGCCAUCAACUACCUCGUCUCCCUCCUGAAGAAGGGCUGGCAGAACGUCGGUAGCCUGGUCAUCAAGGCUACCAUGUCUCCCCCCAAGCGUCUUUACUAG